AUGCCUGAUCUCGGUGGUAAGUGCCAUAUCUUAAGCUUCAUCACAGCUAUCAUACUGAUUGUGACAGAGGCGGAAACAAUCCGCAUUCUCGUGGCAACAGAUAAUCAUGUCGGGUAUAAUGAGCGGGAUCCGAUACGAGGAGACGACAGCUGGAAGAGCUUCCACGAAGUGAUGUGUCUGGCUAGGGAGCGAGACGUGGACAUGGUACUUCUGGCCGGCGAUCUAUUUCAUGAGAACAAGCCGUCGCGAAAAUCCAUGUACCAAGUCAUGCGGUCGAUUCGAAUGAACUGCUUGGGUGACAAACCGUGUGAGCUGGAGAUGCUCAGUGAUGCGAGUGAGAAUUUCCAAGGAGCGUUCAAUCACGUCAACUACGAAGACUUGGACAUCAACGUUGCCAUUCCGAUCUUCUCCAUCCAUGGAAACCAUGAUGAUCCCUCGGGCGAGGGUCAUCUCGCAGCGUUGGAUCUACUCCAAGUAUCAGGGCUGUUGAAUUACUACGGCAGGACGCCAGAGUCCGACAAUAUUCACAUCAAGCCAGUUCUGCUGCAAAAAGGGCGCACCAAAUUAGCCUUGUAUGGGAUGAGCAAUGUGCGGGAUGAGCGCUUGUUCAGAACAUUCCGAGAUGGUAAAGUCAAGUUCUAUCAGCCCUCGAUUCAGAAAAACGAUUGGUUCAACUUGAUGUGCGUACAUCAGAACCAUCACGCAUACACGGAAACAGGAUAUCUCCCAGAGAACUUCCUACCAGAAUUCCUCGACCUCGUAAUCUGGGGUCACGAGCACGAAUGCCUUAUCAAUCCAACGCUCAACCCAGAAACGAAAUUCCAUGUGAUGCAGCCUGGCUCCUCGGUGGCGACGUCGCUGGUACCCGGCGAAGCGGUCCCCAAGCAAGUCGCAAUCCUCAGCAUCACAGGCCGCGAGUUCAAAUGCGAGCCCAUCCGCCUCAAGUCCGUCCGUCCCUUCGCGAUCAGGGAGAUUGUACUCUCGGAGGAGAAAGGCGCGCAGAAGCUGGCACGGAAAGAAAACAACCGAACUGAAGUCACGCGGUUCCUGAUCUCGAUCGUAGAGGAGCUGAUUGAAGAAGCCAAAGCCGAAUGGUUGGAGAUGCAGGAUGACGCGGAGGAUGAGGAGGACGAGGAACGCGAAGUGCCAUUACCACUGGUGAGGCUGCGGGUCGAGACAUCCACACCGGACGGAGGCAGCUAUGACUGCGAGAACCCGCAGCGCUUCUCCAACCGGUUCGUGGGCAAGGUGGCCAACGUGAACGACGUGGUACAAUUCUACCGCAAGAAAAAGAACGCCACGACGCGCAAGAAGGACGACGGCGUCGACGAGGCGGCCAUGUCUCACCUUUCCACGCUGGACACGGUCAAAGUGGAACAGCUGGUACGCGAAUUUCUUGCCGCGCAGUCUCUGACCAUCCUCCCGCAAAACUCUUUCGGCGACGCGGUCGCGCAGUUCAUCGACAAGGAUGACAAGCACGCGAUGGAGAUGUUCGUCAACGAGUCGCUGGAGAGUCAAGUGAAGCACCUGAUGAACCUGGACCGCGAAGCCGACGAGAUGGACGACGAAGAAAUAGCCCAGAGCUCGAUCCAGAAGGCCAUGGAUAAAUACCGCACGCAGAUGGAGGACAUGUUCUCCCGGGGCAUCAAGAAACGGAGCACGCGCGGCAAGAAGCGGUUCAAGCCGAAGCCGGACGGCUGGGACACCGAGUUCGACGGCGAGUGGGAGGAUCAGCCAGGGGCUCUCAUCCACUCCGACAACGAAGGCGGCGACCCCAACAGAGAAGAAGCCGCAGAGGACGGAACCGAGACGGCCACUACCCGGAAGACAGCCUCGACUCGUGGUCGUGGGCGCGGCCGAGGCGGACGGGCCGCCGCAACGACGGCGACUACGACCACCACCUCGCGCACCGCAGCCAAAGCCGCAACGACGAAGAAAGCCACCCCGGCCAAGACGACCCGCGGCCGGAAACAACAAGUGAUAUCAGAUGACGACGAGAACGACGACGUGGUUAUGCUCGAUGAUGACGACGAAGACGACAACAACAACGCACCCCAAAUCCUCUCCGACAUCGACGAACACGUCGACGACGAUGACGAUGACGAUUCACAAGCCCUCUUCGUCAAGCAGCCAGCCACCAGAACGCGGAAACCAGCUGCACCCUCCGCCACCAGCCAGCGACGCUCAACACGCAGCGCAGCAUCCCCAGCCCCGUCGUCGGCGACGGUGGGUGGGACAGCAGCAACGGGCCGAAGCAGCAGAGCACGCCAGACGCAGAUGACGCUGAAUUUCACGGGCUCGCAGACGAGUACACGCGCACGCGGGGUGGAAUCGUCCAAACCAGCAGCGAAGGCUAGCCGUGGCACGAGAGGGGCGAGCGUGGCUAGUGAGGAGAUUGAUGAUGACAGUGAUGGGUUUGAACCUAUACAGAGUUCUCGCAGGCGGAGGUAA